AUAUGUACGUACCGACAUAUCGCAUUACUUGCCCCGACACCCACUGCGGUUGGUCAUGUUUUUAGUAUAAAUACUUUUUCGCACAUACGACCGGCAAUCAAUUGGCAUUUGGCACACCGUGCCUUCGCUAAUAAAGCAACGAAAUGUUCAAAUAUAUUCUAAUUAUCGCUGCCAUCGCGGCAGUACAAUCCACCGAACUCGUACGCAUACCGAUCCACAGGCAUGAGAGUGGUCACCGAACAUUGCCACAUGUGCGCGAUGAAAUCGCCGGACUUCGCAGUAAAUACAAUGUGACGAAGUCGCAUAGCAGCGGCAAGGAAACGCUUAUCAAUUCACAAAAUAUGGGUUAUUAUGGCAAUAUUAGUAUCGGCACACCGCCGCAAUAUUUUUUGGUACUCUUCGAUACGGGUUCUUCGGAUUUUUGGUUACCCUCAAGCAAAUGUGUCGCUAGCGAUUACGCCUGUCACGAUCAUCAACGUUAUAACAGCAGUAAAUCAAGUACUUAUAUACCCAAUGGCAGGCCGGCGGGCAUGAUGUAUGGUAGUGGUGAUAUGCUCGGUUACUUAUCCACCGAUACGGUGCGCAUCGGUGGUUUGACUAUAAGAAAUCAAACUUUUGUCGAGGCCGUACAAGAGCCGGGCAAUUCAUUUAAUCACAAACAUUUCGAUGGUAUACUCGGUAUGGGCUAUCAGGCAUUCGCAUCGGAUCAAAUAGCGCCACCAUUCUACAAUAUGUGGUCUCAACAUUUGAUCAGCAAGGCGGUGUUCUCUUUCUACUUGGCGCGCAAUGGCACUUCACAGCAGGGUGGUGAACUUAUAUUGGGCGGUUCAGAUCGCAAAUAUUAUCGUGGCAAUUUCACGUACGCGCCAGUUACUCACCAGGGUUAUUGGCAAUUUACGGUGGACUCAAUCGCGGUUAAUGGUUCAGCUGUGAAGCGUAACUUCCAGGCAAUUGCCGAUACUGGCACUAGUCUUAUUGCCGUCGGCGAUUAUGACGCUUUCGUGGCAUUAAAUGAGAAAAUCGGCGCCAAACAGUUGAAUGGUGAUAAUUUUUAUGUGGACUGCGCAACAGUCGCAUCACUACCGAAUGUGGUCAUUAGAAUUGCUGGCAGAGACUUCAGUCUGGAACCAAGCAGCUAUAUCCACCACUCAAAUGGUUUAUGCUUGUCGAGCUUUUUCUAUAUGGCGGACUAUGUUUGGGUGCUGGGUGAUACCUUCAUCGGCAACUUUUACACGGAAUUUGAUUUGGGCAAUAAUCGUGUGGGUUUUGCUGAAGCUGUUUAAAUUCUUUAAAUAAAAUACUGUAUUUUCUUGAAA